AUGAUAUCACAAGAAGAGCCGAAAUGGGUGGAUAUAAAUAGCACUGUGAUCAUCGAAGAAUCCUCGUUGACGAAACCAGCUAACAUCGACAAGAUUCAUACAUUCUAUACCGUAGUUCGAUUACUACCUCGUAACUACAUGAUGGAGCUCGCAUCCCGCGCUACCACUCAAUAUCCUUCUGAACUGGGGACCGGAAAGCCUGUAAUGUCUUCAGAGGCCUCAGAGCUCCAUCGACAGCUCACUGAAAUCCGUGCAGGGAUGAAAAGGUUCCAAGAUCUGUAUGCUAGUCAUACCGACCAAUUGACCAAGGCUGACAUCGAUACGAUAGUGGACGAACUGGUAAAGCUGCAACAGAGUGUGGAAUCGACUCAUCGAAGGAUGGACGAUAAAUCAGCUUAUAUCUACUCCUGCGUUGAUGAUCUCAUUGCAGGCUGCUCCAAAGCUAUAGUAGAGGCUAAAAUCGAAUAUAGGAUCAAUCAAGAUCCCUCUUUGAAGGAUGGUAGUGUCGAUUGCACCAGGAAUGUCUCUGAAGAUGACAAACAUGUGGUCUCAAGCCACAUCGCUCCCGUACUGGCUAACGAUAUUGAGACGAAAUUGACCACCUCUCAGCUAUAUGGGUGGUACAAUACUGAUCCCUCACAUGUACCCGACAUAUGGUCUAAAUUUGGACAAGAAACAAUCAAGGUUGAUACCUCGGAUGGUACUAAUUUCAAGUGCUACUUCGGUCCAGCUGACUAUAUGAUCACCGUUGACAACGGACAAUCUGGAGACGAGAAUCUCUUCCAUGCUGUGAAAGAACAAGACAGCGCCGGUUGA